AUGUUUGUAUUAUUAUUUCAAGAAAAUAUACUAUCUGUUGUACAAAGUUAUCUAGGUUCAUUUGAUCAACAUCGUCGAUCAUUUUCUACUAUAAUAUCUCAAACAUCAAGAAAAUCAAGUUUUAUAAGUCAUCAUCCAUCGAAUGAAGAUGAUGAUGAAAAGAAAACAAUAACACACGAAAUUGAAGAUAAAUCAAUUGAUCUAAAUGGAAAGGAUAUUGAUUAUUCUGUUUUAUAUAAUGAGACAGUUGAAGAUUUUAGUUUUACAAAUGCACGCAAACAAGCUUAA